AUGGCUCGUAAGCGUAAGGGCCUGUCCCUUAACGACUGCCCCAAGGAUCUUAAUGACAUCCCGUACAUCCGCUGGAUGAACCAGCAGAUCGCCAACGGCCGUCAUCCGACAGGCUUGUCCGCGCCGCCCGCGCUUGACGGGCAGGGUUCUAGUGCACAGUCGCCCAGCGCGGGCCCGUCACGUGUGCGACGUCAGCCUGCAAGGACGGCGACAACAAUGCGGCCCGUUGCGGAGCAAGAUGUCGACGACGAUGAUGAGGAGUACCGCGGCGACGCUGACGGCACCGAAGACGAGGAGGACGAGCCGGAAGACCUUGGGAUGUCGAACGACGACGACGGCGACGAUGACGACGCCGACGACGACGCGGAGGAGGAAGCGCAACCUGCGGCACAGCCGCCGAAACGGAGCGCCGCACGCGCUUCUGGGACGGACAAAGGCAAAGGCAAGGCGGUUGCACCACCGCCACGCCAGGAGUCCCGGAAGAAGCGGUCAGCUGCACCAGUCGAGAGGGGCUUAUGGUCGGACAAGGAGAGCACUAUCUUCGCCGCGGCGCGUUGGUUCACCAAAGACGAGCUCGAGCCUCUCAAGGGGAAGCAGGGGACGCAAUACUGGGUCCGCCUUCUCACGCACAUCAAGGAGUCGAACCCGGGCUGGUGCAGGAAUGUCAACGCGUUGCAAAAGCAGUGGCGCUGCUUGGUGCUGCUUUGGCGGGAGUACAAGCGUGGUGAUGGUGGUUCGGGCAACGGUUCUGUGGAGAAACCACCAUGGUGGCCGUAUCUGGAGCUGUACAACAAGGACACCGCCGCAGCCGCACCGCAUGCGGUGGACGGCGGCGGCGCCACUAACGUCAACGUGCCGGCCGGCAUGGAGGACAUGCGCCUUGCCCGCGAGCGCAUGACUGAAUCAGCCCCACCGGAUGUGCACUGUGCGCCGACGGAUUUCAGCCCUACGUCGACGGAUUUCAGCCCUCCUCCGCCACGCGGGGAGUCCGCGCCACCUCCCGAAGCCGCCCAGCAGCGCGACGAUGUUGGCGACGUCAACACCGUCACUCCGGGUGAUGACGAUGUGGAGAUAUGGGUGCGCGGCACCGACGAUUAG